AGAGAUAUAAAGGCUAAUCAACAGGUGUGUUUUCCCUCUAAAAGGAGUCAGGCUUGGAAAUCUAAGGAUUCCACCAUGACGGUCUCCUACACGCUCAAGGUUGCCAACGCUAAGUUUGGAGGUUUCUCGAAGCUGCUCUUCAGAUGGAAAGGAAGCAUUUACAAGCUUCUCUACAGAGAAUUUCUGGUUUUCUGCUUACUUUACACCUUCAUCAGUAUUCUGUACAGGUGUGUGCUCAAUAACAAUCAACAGGAGAUAUUCGGGAGACUAGCACGCCAUUGUAACAAGUUUGCCAAACUCAUCCCUAUGUCAUUUGUUCUUGGGUUCUACGUCACUCAGGCAUUUCAGCGCUGGUGGGGUCAGUACACCAGCUUUCCUCUGCCUGAUAACCUGAUGAUGGUUGUCUCUGGAAACGUCCAUGGUACAGAUGAAAGAGGUCGUCUGUUGAGGAGAACUCUGAUGAGAUACGCUAACCUGUCAUCUGUCCUCAUACUGCGUUCCAUCAGCACACGAGUGCGCAAGAGGUUCACAACUCUGGAGGACAUUGUGGAGGCAGGAUUCAUGACCACAGAUGAGCUCAGGAAACUAAACCAUCUGUACUCUGAUUUCAACAAAUACUGGAUGCCGCUCGCAUGGUUUGCCAACCUGGCGUCUCAGGCCAGAAAAGAAGGGCGCGUGAAAGAUGACAUAGCCUUGCGUCUGCUAAUGGAUGAGUUAAAUAACUAUAGAUCAAAAUGCAGCAUGCUCUUCCACUAUGACUGGAUCAGCAUUCCCUUGGUGUACACACAGGUGGUGACAGUGGCCGUGUACUCCUUCUUUACAUUUUGCCUUAUUGGGAGGCAGUUUGUGAAGCCUGCGUCUUCUGAGGAACACCUAGACCUGUACAUCCCCAUUUUCACUUUACUGGAGUUCUUCUUUUACGCGGGCUGGUUAAAGGUGGGGGAACUUAUCAUCAACCCGUUUGGAGAAGAUGACGAUGAUUUUGAAACCAACCAACUCAUAGAUCGAAACAUUCAGGUUUCUAUGCUAGCUGUAGAUGACAUGCACCAAAAUCUCCCCCCUCUCGAGAAGGACAAAUACUGGGUGGAUAAAGGUCCUUCAUAUCCUUCAGCUUCUAUGAAACCUGUUUUUAUGGGUUCUACACAUGACAUGAGGAUACUUGAGGAUGAUCUUGAGGAAUGUGUGUCAACCCCAAAGACACAGAUGCUUGCCAUUAACGUGUGGCCGACUACACACAAAGCUAAAAAGUCGAAAAGGAGUUUGCAACAAUUAUGUAUUUGCUGCAGAGCUAAAGGUGAGGAUGAGUGCUCUAGACUUGAACCUUCCAAGAGCAGCGUCCAUUCAACACAACAAAACAAGACUGCUCAACACAGCUGCCAAGAAAAACUCUUGGGGUCACUGGAAACUACAGGACCAGCAAACUGAGACCUAAAAGGCAAAUGUGUAAAUGUCCUGUCAGAUUUUACUUGCAUUUGUAAGGAUACUCAUCAUUUCAAACUACUGUUUAAAUUAGAGGUGCCCAAUCCUGUUCCUGGAGAUAUACCUUCCUGCAGAGUUCAGCUCCAACCCCGAUUAAACAGCUAAGAUCUAAAGGUGCGGUCACACUUGACUUUUCUUCCCAUAGACUUCCAUUCAUACGCACGCGAAUGCGUCAGACCGGAAACGCGGAGUCAUGCGUCGAGUUUCGCAGGUUGCUGCUGUGCAAAGUUCAAGCUUGGUGAACUCUGACCUGCGAAAUCGCAUCACUUGACUGCAUGAGACCACUUGAGGAUCAAAACAUGACCUCUCUGGACAGAAAUUUAAAACAUGGAGCUAUCGCUCGCUUUUUUAAUGUCUAAUCAUCAUGUUAAUCCCGUCCCUUUUCGCAGCGCCGCACGACAGAAUUUCGCACACACAAAGCCCGGUGUGACCGUAGCUUAAUGGAUCACAGGGUAGUAAUUAAAUACAGGUGUGUUUGAUCAAGGAUGCAGAUAGGAAAAAAGAUCUCCAGGUACAGGAUUGAGCACCUGUUUUAAAUGUUUAGUGUCAGUAAAUACAUUUUAAAUGAAAGAUUCCUGUUUUCAAAGAAACUUUCUUCUAAAUAAUUAACAAUGGAAAAUGUUACAUAUAAAAUAUCAAACAAAACAUCAUUGAUAAAAAAUAAAAAUUUGUAAAUUUACUUCACAAUGGAGCAAAGGCUUCUGAGGAUACUUUUGCUGUCACUAGAAUGAAUAAAAACAAGUUAUCUUAAAUAAAUGCAGCCUCGCAGUUGCUCCCCCCACCGCUUUGAUUAAAAUGUACUUGCUUGACUUUACCCAGUUAUUUAACUGACAAUGAACAGCACUUAACUCAAUAAUUAUUAGAGUUCAUUGACAUUUAUACAGACUUUCAAUGUUAAAAAAAAAAAAAAAAAACAUCCGUUAAAUACUUAAUUGACUCAAUUACAAACGGAGUGAAAGACCUAAAAAAAACUUUUCCAUUGGAAUUUUCUCCAAGCCCUCAGAUAGAACUAUAAACUGUACAAUUUUCAGAAAAUGUACACAAGAACUCUACUACUUCUACAUACAAAAUGAAAGAGCACUUUGAGCACUUGUGGGUUUUUUCUAGGAGGUUAUAACCAGUUAAUGCAGUACUAAAACAGCUGCCUAACUUUCUCAAUCCUCCUUUUAGAAUUGAAUGUAGUUCAUUGAGCUGUUAUACUUAAAGCAUAAAGACAGG